AUGGCCUCGCGAUUCUCACUCUCCCUCCAUGCCCCGCCUUCAUUGAGCUCUCCUUACACCCGUCUCGUCACCCCCGCCUGGAAGUCACGACAAUGCCUCCAGCACCCCCGAGCACUAAGCUCAACCCCUAUUUACCUCGAGGACAAAGCCACAUCUAAGAUCCCGCCUCCUCCCGCCGACUUUGACGAUGACCCUAUCCCGCUCACCACCAGCCCCAAGAAGGCACCCAAGACCGUGGGGUUCAACCAGCACCUACCGCUAGCGCAUGAGCUCCAAGGAUACUUACGUUCCCUGAUGAUGCAGUUCCGGGCUCCGGUGAGGUAUGCGUUCGCAUAUGGGUCGGGCGUGUUCUCGCAGGGCGCGGCGGCGGCUCGCGCAUCAGGAAAGAAGCCAAUGAUCGAUUUGAUGUUUGGUGUUACGUACACGCAGCACUGGCACAGUCUAAACCUGGGGCAGCAUAGAGACCAUUACUCGUUCAUGGGAACAUUGGGCAGCGGUGCCAUCAGCUAUGUCCAAGAUAAGAUGGGUGCGGGGGUGUAUUUCAAUCCUUAUGUCGAUAUCAACGGAACUCUAGUGAAAUACGGCGUCACAAAUAUCGACACCCUACGCCGUGAUCUCAAGACAUGGGAUACCCUCUACCUUGCCGGCCGCCUCCAAAAGCCAGUCCAGAUCCUCCGUGACGACCCCACCAUCACUCUAUCCUACCAGGCCAACCUCAUUGCGGCCACGCGUACAGCACUCCUCAUGCUCCCGGAGCGCUUCACCGAGUACCAGCUUUACUCAACUAUCACAGGCAUCUCCUACCUCGGCGACCCACGCAUGAGCGUCGGCGCUGAGAACCCAAACAAGAUCGACAACAUCGUCGACAACCAACUCGCCCACUUCAGGCUGUUGUACGGAAAGGUGAUAGAGCAGCUCCCAAACCUGAGCUACGAGAAGGGCGGCGGGCAGGAGUGGAGUGAGCCAGCACAGCAGACGUGGUUAGUCCAAGAUAUGAGUCCUUCGAAACGGGCGAAUAUGGUGCGGAGGCUCCCGACGAGCUUCAGGGAGAAGCUUUACUUUCAGUACCAGCGGAAGUUCGCCAUUCCGGCACUUGAGUUCGAGAAGAUGGUGAAUCUCUCAGAAGACGAUGAGCGCGCGGCCCCGAAGCAGGGAGGGGAGUUUGAAAAGAGAAUAGUUGAGGGUGGUACGGAUGAGAUGGCGGAUAAGGUCAAGAAGGUGAUAAAGAGCACCAUCAGCUGGCCGAGUACCGCGCAGAGCCUGAAGGGUGUCUUGACGGCGGGGCCGGUGAGGAGUGCAAAGUACUUGACCGAAAAGAUGGGCAAAUGGAGGAGGGGAGGAAAAGCGAAGGUCGAGGAGCAAACAAAGGAAAACUGA